AUGAGUAGGCAGGAAGCGCCUUCCUCCAAAGACCACGACCCUUCAACACAUCGACCAGCUCGACGCAACGAUGAAUCCCCGCUUCCCUCCUUCAACCUCUUCAAGCUCGUCCGCGGUGCCAAGCCAGCAGUCCGCUACACCGUCUACGCUGGUCUCGGUUUGAUGGCUACGGUUGAGACAACAUUCUGGUACCACGUGCUACGAGCGAAGUUCUUCCCGCGGGCAUCAGCAGAAGAGCAGGAGAAGGCUGAUGCGCUGCUCCAACGUUUAAACGAGGCCAUGAAGAAGUACCGUCAUGUGUGGAUGGCGAAUUACAACCGCUACUACGGUGCGCAUGUGUGGGGGUUGGGGUAUGGUGGGCUUGAUGGCCUGUAA